AUGGCAAACAAAGCAGAGAAUAUCAUACGCAAGAGCGGUUUACUUCAAGCCCAAAACUAAAUAUGGCAGGAUCAGUUUGCAAACAUUAAGAAGACGGACCAUACACUUUGGCAGACUUUCAAGAUUACCGGCUCCGGAAAAACCCGGAUACCUAUACUCCAAAAUCUUACAUCUCAUACACCCUACUACACAGACGAAAAAAGAGCCGAAAGGCUGUAAACUUCGAAAAAAAUACAACUCUGCAUGGAAUACAACUCAGCACGACAUUGAAAGAUUUGCAACAUUACCACCUACAAUCCCUCCCCCUCUCCCCCAUAGACGACAGCAGUUUAAACUGCACUCUUCAACAGAUAAAACACAUAAUUAAAAAACUCCCUUUCAAGAAAAUUCCAGGACCAGACAAAAUCACCACAACAGCACUCAAAAAACUUUCAAUCAAACCUGUAGUACAAAUGCAUCACAUCUUCAAAGUCUGUCUUAAACUUUCUUAUUUUCCUUGGUAUGGAAAAUUGCCA